AUGGUUUAUGCCGAGUCAUCGCGUGGAGUGAAUCCCUCCCUUCACUCUCCGUCUUUCACGUAUCAGAUGUCAUUUAACUUUUCCGAGAGGGAGAACUCGACUGUCCUGGCCACUCUACCCACAAUCCCCCUUUGCAGCCUGGAGGACUCGUCCUCUGGCCGGAGCAACGGCACCUCGACCUCCUACGAGCUGACCUCGGUGGAGGUCGCCGUCCUGGGUCUGGUGUUUGCGUUCCUCUGGCUGAUCUCCAUCCUGGGAAACGCCCUCGUCUGCCUGGUCAUCCACCGGAGCCGACGGACUCAGUCCACCACCAACUACUUUGUGGUGUCGAUGGCUUGCGCUGACCUUCUCAUGGGCCUGGGAUGUGCCCCGUUCGUGCUGCUGCAGGUCGCCGCCGGGCGAUGGCCACUGAGCGCCGCGGCCUGCAAAGUCGUGCGCUACGUGCAGCACCUGUGUCCUGGUGUGCAGGUGUUCGUGCUGCUGUCCAUCUCCGUGGACCGGUUCUACACCAUCCUGUACCCCCUCAGCUUCAAGGUGUCUAGGGAGAAAGCCAAGAAGAUGAUCCUGGCCUCGUGGCUGUUUGACGCCGCCUUCAUCUCGCCAUGCUUCGUCUUCUACGGCUCCACCUCCACAGACAGUCACUGUGAGUUCUUCCUCCCGGACCACUGGGGCAGUGUCGCCUACGCACUGGUUCACCUGCUGCUCGGUCUCCUGGUCCCGGUCGCACUGAUCGUGUCGUUCUAUCAGCGGGUGAUCCGCUACAUCUGGAGGAUCAGCGCCGACGGUCACACGGUGCGCCGGACGAUGAACAUCGUCCCACGGACUAAAGUCAAGACCAUCAAGAUGUUCCUCAUGCUGAACUCCGUCUUCUUCCUCACCUGGACGCCCUUCUACGUGGCCCAGCUGUGGCACCCCAGGGGGUCGGAGGCCGCGAGCAGACAGGGGCUGCUGUUCUUCGCCGCUAUCGCCUGGAUUUCCUUCAGCUCCACGGCCUCCAAGCCGACCCUGUACUCGGUCUACAACGCAAACUUCAGAAGGGGCAUGCGGGAGACCUUCUGCAUGUCGUCCAUGAAGUGCUAUCGCAGUAACGCAUACACCAUCACGGCGAGCUCUCGCGUGGCCAAAAAGAACUACGUGGGGGUGGUGGACGUCCCCGAGCCGGCGAAGACCAAGGACUCCGCCUGCGACCCGUUUGGCCGAGAAGUGAAGGAAAAGAAAGUCGCGUGGCUCACAAACGCUAACCCACCAAACACUUUUGUGUAA